CAGAGCGAACCCAACCUUCCCAGACAGCAGUGUGAAGUGACAGUCCAUGCGUUGUUCUCUCUGCUCUGGAUGCUAACUGGGAUGUAUUUUGGAAGGGGGGGGUCGGGCAACAGUGACCCAGCAGCAUCAGCGCCACUGAGCCUGACAUGAAUGACAAGUAAAGAUCUCUUUCAAGCGAGCAAACAGCACAGGAAUGUGCUUAAGUCUGCUGGGCAACACUAAGGCUCUUCAAAGAGACAUUUUGGACCUAGCUCGGUUUGUUUGUAAACACCCAGCACAAAACAAUCGAGGGAGAUUAGAUUUGCAUUCUAUUUUUUAUUUUAUUUUCUUCUUUCUUUUUUCUUUUUGUUGCUUUUAGAGGCGGGAGUGGGCUUUGCUGGGAGGGCUCUUGUCUUCUUUUGUGAGGCGUGAACAAGACAAACUUCUAACAUGGCAUUGGUUAUGGAGCCUGUAAGCAAGUGGAGCUCAAGUCAAGUCGUGGACUGGAUGAAAGGCCUGGAUGACUGCCUGCAGCAGUACAUCAAAACCUUCGAGAAGGAGAAAGUAGGGGGGGACCAGCUGCUGCGGAUCACCCACCAGGAGCUGGAGGAUCUGGGAGUGUCCAGGAUUGGCCACCAGGAGCUCAUCCUGGAGGCUGUGGACUUAUUGUGCGCUCUGAAUUACGGGCUGGAGACUGAGAAUCUGAAGACGCUCUCGCACAAGCUCAACGCGUCUGCCAAGAACCUGCAGAACUUCAUCACAGGCAGGCGGCGCAGCGGACAUUAUGACGGCCGAGCUACGCGCAAGCUGCCCAACGACUUUCUCACCUCCGUGGUCGACCUGAUCGCUGCGGCCAAAAGCCUUUUGGCAUGGCUGGACAGGUGCUCCUUCUUUUUCAGAUCUCCUUUUGCUGCGGUGGCAGAUUACUCCGUGACCAGAAACAACGUCAUCCAGCUGUGUCUUGAGCUCACUACAAUCGUGCAACAGGACUGCUCGGUGUAUGAAACAGAAAACAAAAUCUUGCAUGUGUGUAAAACCUUGUCCGGAGUGUGCGACCACAUCAUCUCCCUGUCGUCUGACCCCAUGGUGUCCCAGGCUGCACAUCUGGAGGUCGUGCAGCUCGCCAACAUCAAAUCAACAGAAGGACUGGGAAUGUACAUCAAAUCAACUUAUGAUGGUUUGCAUGUCAUCACUGGGACAACAGAAGGAUCCCUCGCUGACCGCUGUAAGAAAAUCCAUGCUGGAGAUGAAGUCAUUCAGGUCAAUCAUCAGACGGUGGUGGGUUGGCAGUUGAAGAACUUGGUGAACUUGUUGCGUGGGGACCCUGCAGGUGUCACCCUGACGCUGAAGAAACGCCCACAAAGCACGCUCACCUCCACCCCUGCUCUUCUCAAGAACAUGAGAUGGAAACCGUUGGCUCUGCAACCAAUCUUCCCUCAGAGCCCCAGCAGCAGUGUGGCCACCCCCACCAGCACUUUAAGCACACCAUCCAGGAGGAGUAGCUGUGCCCUGCAGGACCUCUACAUCCCCCCUCCUCCUGCUGAACCCUACACCCCAAGAGACGACAAGGGAAAUCUACCCAGUGAUGAUUCUCAAUCCGAUGUCCAUGUCGCCGAGGGAUCUGAGUCACCAAACUCCUACCUGGAUCAGGAGUGUCGUGGGCGAUUUCCUCUGGUGGAGGAAGACACAAUACUGUACUGCUACGAGUAUGACCAGAACCAGGAGGUGUCAUCAGUUCGCAGGGGCAGCACCCCCACCCCCACCUAUGGCAGGCUCAGGCCCAUCUCCAUGCCAGUGGAAUACAACUGGGUGGGAGACAAUGAAGACCUGGCCAAGAUGAAGAGAGAGAGCAGGAGAGCAGAGAAUUCCCUGCUGCGCUUCGCGAGUGAAGAUAAAGCCCCGGGGGAUGACUUCUUGCUGGGACGCAGCCUGAGUCAGAACAGGAGGAAGACAGAGCGAGGAGCCAGCCCCACCCAUUACACGCUCGUCCCUGCCCUGCAGAUGGAAGUGUCCCUGUCUACAUCCAGCUCAGACUCUGCCUCCCUCUACCAUGUGUUUGAAAGAUCCUCGCUGCUAUCAAGGUCAAAGAAGAAAAGUAAAGCUGGAAGUCCCCUGCCUUUAAUCAGCAAGCGUCGGAUUUCCUGCAGGGACCUGGGUCAGGGGGACUGCGAGGGCUGGCUGUGGAAAAAGAAGGAUGCUAAAACGUAUUUCUCACAGAAGUGGAAGAAGUACUGGUUCAUCCUAAAAGACACAUGCCUGUAUUGGUACAUGAAUGAGGAGGAUGAGAAGGCAGAGGGCUUCGUCAGCCUACCAGAGUUUAAGAUUGAUCGUGCCACUGAAUGCAGAAGGAAGUAUGCUUUCAAGGCUUGUCAUCCGAAGAUAAAGACCUUCUACUUUGCGGCGGAAAACGUAGACGACAUGUCCCGGUGGCUGAGUCGUCUCAGUAUGGCUGUGGCAGGAUACUCGGAGCAGGAGAAAAUUUGCCAUGACCAAGAUUACUGGAGUGAGAGUGAUCAUGAGGACAUGGAGAUGCCAUCAAUGCCCAAACAGGACAGUCCACCACCACCUUACGACACCUUUCCCAGAGCGUCCUCAGUGAGUCCCUACCUGGAACCCAAACGGGGCCAUCUCUCCUCCUCAGACACUUUCCAGUCCCGCUCUUCCCAUGAGGAGUUCCACUCUGAGCCUCUGGACGGCAUCGGCAGCAACAACGGUGUGUCCCCUGGGCAGAAGUCGAGCGUCCACAGAAACUCCUGGCAGGACCAGAUGGAGAGCAACGCCAGGAUGCACUACCUGCAGACAUUUCCCAUGGAGGGCAGCCUGAUCUCCGAGGACAGGGACCAGCUAGCGAUGGAGUACCGCAGACAGUCCACCCUGCCGGCACAGCGAAGCCUGCUGCAGGAGCAGUACAGAGCCCUGCCUCUGCCGCUCAGGGCCAGCAUCGACUCAGAUGCAGGAGGAAGCAGCGCAGUUUUACGCUACCCAGAGACAGUGGGCUUCACGCCAUCCUGUCUGCCACCAACAACACGUCGGAUCAGAGAGAGCCACGACACUACCAACUGGAGCGACCCAGGGACACAGGCCUUGGGCGGGACUGCAGGAUGCAGGCGGACUCUCUGGGAGAUUUGUACCGGGCUCUGGAGCAGACCAGUCUGUCCACCUCGGCUGACCAUAGAUCGGCCAGUCGCCUGGAGUACAAGCGCUCAUUUGUCCGUAGAGUUAACGACCCCUUGCUGAAUGACAAGCUUCAUCGCCUCAGGGUCCUCCAUAGCUCACUCAAG